GCCACGAAGGAGAAGCGCAUGGAGCACUUUCCAAUCGUGGAAAUGGCGCUCCCCGUUGUAGAAGCCUGAAGUCAGAGGGAGCAUCUCGUGCUUGUCAGUCGAUUGAAGCGCCCAUAGGGCUCUGCGGACUUUUAUACUUUGAAAAGGAGCGGAUUAUGACAGAGGAGAAGAGGGAAUCUGGAGUUUCGUCCAGGAAAACAAUACAUUCGUGUCUCUGAUAAAGCCGUGAACGUCUCCGGACAGGGAACAAUGCAUGACCUGACUGCCCAAGUCACCAGCAGCCUGCUGCCAUUCCCAGAAGUUAUUAAAGAUGCUCUCGGGGAAGAUGAAAUCACUCUAGACUCUGUGCUACAUGGGAAGUUCACUGUUGGCCGCAGCGGGCUGGCCUGGCUGGCCUGUGGCCCCCAUUUGGAGGUUGUCCAUGCAGUGACAGGAGAACGUCUGUCUGCAUACUGCUUCAGUGGUGGAGGCGAGCACCCACCCAGUGUCCAUGCAGCCAGGGACUUUGGCUGGCUCAAACGGUCUGGAUUACUGGUUGGCUUGGAGGAAGCAGAGGGCAGCGUGCUAUGUCUUUAUGACUUGGGACUGUCAAAAGUGGUUAAAGCUGUGGUUAUACCAGGCAGGAUAACAGCUAUUGAGCCGCUAGUGAGUUAUGGCGGAGCAAGCACUUCGACCCAGCAUCUUCACCAGAGUCUACGCUGGUUCUUCGGCAUUGCUGCUGUAGUAACGGAUCUGGGUCAUGUUCUGCUUGUGGACCUCUGUCUUGAUGACUUGACCUGCAGCCAAAGUGAACUGGAGUCUUCAGACCUGCAGGUAGUGACCAAAUCUCCUGCAGAAAUACCCCGGCUGAGAGAAGUCAGCACCAGGCAGGGCAGACAUCUUUGUCUCCAGCUUAAAGGGCCCAGUGGAGUUGGAGCCACAGCUCUGCAGUAUAUCUCCAGGACCAACCAGUUGGCAGUGGGAUUUUCAGAUGGACACUUACAUCUGUGGAACAUGAAAACUCUAAAGAAGGAAUACCACUCCCAGUUAGAGGGUGGCAGGGUGCCUGUGCAUGCCUUCACUUUUCAGGAGCCAGAAAAUGACCCCAGGAACUGUUGCUACCUCUGGGCUGUCCAGUCUUCACAGGACCUUGAGGGAGAUAUGGUCAGCCUCCGCCUGCUUCAGAUGGCCUUCAGUGAAAGGAAGUGUCUACCUUCUGGGAAGAUCCUCUAUGAGGGUCUGGAGUACUGCGAGGAACGAUACAGCCAGGAGUUAAGUGGCUCAGCUUUCCCUCUCAGGAACCAGGCCACCAACACCCGUCUGCUGAGUUGCCAGACUAUCGAGAAGUUCCGACCCCACCCUGACAGGGAUGAGAGCAUGAACGAAGUUGCAUCUCCGGACACCAGUGUGUCUAUCUUUAGCUGGCAAGUCAAGGCCUAUGGUCAGGGAACCCUAUCUACCUACAUCGGGGUUUUUGACAUCAACCGUUGGUACCACGCACAGAUGCCAGACUCUUUGAGAACGGGAGAGACUCUGCAAAACUGUCCCUACCUGGCAGUUUGGUCUCUGGACCCAGUGGUGCAGAUGGUGUCUCAACAUGUCCUCCUGGAUGUAGUGGUGCACGACCGCAGCCUGAGUAGGGGCCUGCCCUUCACCUGCCCCCCACCAGAACAGUACUUUAACCCCACCACAUAUAACUUUGAUGCUACGUGCCUGCUUAACUCUGGAAUUGUGCACUCAACCUGCUCUGGAUAUCAGAAAGAGACCCUGAGCUUUUUGAAGAAAGCUGCCCCUUGUUCCAGUGACAUCAUCUCCACUAGCUACUCUCGCUGCCUCAUGUCCGGCCUACUUUCAUCUCGCCUGGCUGACACUCAGGCUUCCAGCCUCUCUCAGGAGGAGCAGCUGGAUGCCAUCUUGUCAACAGCAGUGGAGACCAGCUCCUUGGGACUGAUCACUGGCUGUAUUAAGCAGUGGACUGCAGAAGAACAACCAGGCUCUGCACUGAACCUGCGCUACAUUCUGGAUUGGGCCUGGAACAAAGUGGUUGGGACCAAGCAGGAACUGGAUGGCAUCUGCGCACCGCUGUUUGACAGCUCAUCCAACUUCACAGACCCUCAGACCAUGCAGCUGCUACAACACAGCCAGAGAAUGCUCAGUAACCUCAGUACCAUCUUCCACUGUCUGCUCAGUGAAGCCCAGGAGCUCACACAAAAAGGCCUGGUGGGUCUGAUGAACAAGAACUUGGUGUCCAGUCUGAUUUCCAAGUACGCUCAGGUGGUGCUCUGGUUCUGUCGUACCGGUCUACUGCCUGAAGGAUCAGAUGACAAUGCGCUCCAGAUCUCCAGGCCUUUCUACACUCACUCGAUCAUCAGCAACUAUUAUGCUAUACGCAGAGAGGAGCUCACUAGGCUGUCUAAGGGCAAGUGGUGUUCAGACUGCCUGAUGAUAGAUGGUUUGGUUGGCCAGUGUGGUGAACGCUUGACCAACCUGUGGAAGAGGGAUGCGGGUGGGACGGGGCAAUACCCACCACCUACAUUGCAUGCCCUGUUGGACAUUUAUCUACUGGACAAUAUUGAAGAAGCUGUUAAAAAUGCAAUUGUGAUUUACCUGUUGCUCGAUGUGAUGUACUCCUUCCCCAAUAAGGAGGGAGCAUCAGUGGAGUCUUUUCCCCCAGCUUUUGGAAUUCCUAUUGGACUUGUGAAACUAGUACAAGGCCUCUGGCUGCUGGACCAUCAUGACCACCAGAGUUCAUUCGAGCUGCUCCUGCAUCCAGCCACCUCUCGGUGUCAGUUUGAUUGGCAGCAUGAGCGUGUCCUACAAGCACUGAUGUGCCAGGGCCAACACUCAGUGGCACUACGAUACUUCCACGUUACGAAGCCCCCAAUUUCCUCCACCUCCAAGGCCAAACUCUGUUUGUCUGUCCUGCUACACAACAGGUGUCUCGUAGAGGCGUGGUCCUUACUACGCCAGCACUCAAAUCGCCUCAACAUGGGAGAGCUGCUGGGCUUCCUGUACGAGAGCUGCCAGGAGCUGUGCCUCAUUAAGGAGCUGCUCAAACUGCCCCUGGGCCUCACUGAGCAGGAAAGUUUGGAGAAGUUUCUCCAGGGUACAGGCGGUCUCCAGAACAGAGAACUACUGAUGGUGCAUUACCUUCAGCAGGCUAACUACAUUCCUGCCCUGCAGCUCAACCACAGCCUCAAGAUGAACCUGGUGAAUGAGCGAGACCCAAAGCUUAAAGAACGGUCCAACACCAGGAACUUGAUAUUGGAUCAGUAUGGCAAGGUAUUGCCCAGAGUCCAGAGGAAACUGGCAAUGGAGAGAGCAAAGCCCUACCAGCAUCCCUACGCCGUCCACAGAGAAGUUUCUCGGCCACAGCCACUGUCAACCAUCACCAAACGCUCCACCAGUGAGAAGGUAAUGUCGAGGGCCGGCUUCAUCAACAAUGUCCUGACCAAGAUUGAGGAGGUGUGGUUAGGCACAGGAGCGACACCAACGUCCUCCCCAGCCAAGAGCCACAGGGCAGCUGAUUUUCAGAGCCCCAAGUCCUCCAUGGCCUUUUCUGACCCCUUUCUGGGAACUCCCAUCACCAUGACCUCCAAACGAAAGUCAAGGCUGAUGGACUUGGUGGUUCACCCCUCCUGUCAGACCCCUCGGCCUCUUCUCAGCCCUGUCAGACCUCUGAGCUCCUGGGUUUCUCCAAAGAGCAUCAGCAAGGCCCCUGAACUCAGUCUGCUGCAAACGCCACAGGUUGUCAAGCGAGCUCGGGCCUUGGCUGCUUCUGGCCCCGUGUUCUCGGCCUUCACUCCCCAGUCCAUCCUGCGCAGCAGCUUGAGGCCCACACCCGUCGCCACCCCUUCUGCUUCUCCGGGACGCUCCAUCACCCCCCCACUCCGUAGCAAAGAGAGCCGGAUCACCUUCAUCGAAGAGGCAGAAUCUCCUGAACCGGAGAAAGGCAUCCGAUGGACCAAUGGGAUGGCAGCAGACAGUGAGAUUAGCCUGCUGACCAGAGGCUCCAUUCUAUCCAAGGCUACACAUAAAACCUGGUCCUCGCAGCCUGCUGAGGAGGAAGAGAAUGGAGACGGGGAAGAGGAACAGCCUUGUGUGAAGUUCUUGCCUCCAUUAGGUGGUAUUCCCUCCCCACAGCUGAGAUGCUUUGAGAGUGAGUCAUCCUUUAUCCAUGAAGAAACAAGACCGUCAGAUGCAACUCAAGCACAACUUAGCUUGAGCUUUGACACCAGCCAGAUAUCUGUUCGUUCAACAGACACCACUCUAGAGUAUUAUGAUGCACCUCUUCCUGAUCUCUCAGAGGACCAGGAAGUAAAAGAGGGGCAUACAACUACAGAGAAGGAAGAAGAUGUAGUGCCAGUGAACAUCAAAGGCCUAACUGGAAAUCAAGAACUAGAAGAAGAGACCUCACAAACCACUGAACAAACCCCUCUCCUGACAUCCGAGGAUAUAGAGAGGGCAGAAGAGGAGGUGAAGGAAGAUGAAGAAAGUGAGGACGGGAUGGAGAUUGGUUUUGAAGAGGAGACUAAAAACAAAGAAAAAGUCCACGCGAAAGAGCAGGAUGAACAGGAUUUUAAGUCAAUUAGUGAAGAUAAAGAAGCUGCAACUCUCCACGAGGUGGACAUUUCUAUUCACAAUCAAGUUUGUAACCGGGUAACUGAGAGCACGGACUCUGGCCCUGAAGUUAAAUACCCGGAUGUAGGCGUGGGACAGGACGUCCAGACAGAAGCCACUGAACCCACAAACGAAACAGAAGAGGAUCUGGAGCAAUCAACAGAUCUGACAGAGUUUGUGCAGAGACAUCUGUUUGGCAGCGAUCUUCCACUUACCCGCUCAGGAAUCCACAACGCAUCACAGACCCAGACAUCCUUCAACAGUGAGUCACUAGGUGAGGUUGAAGAGGAGGCACAGGCCAGUGUUGAAGCUCCACCAGUGUUCACCAGCCAAAUAUCUACUGCCUCUGUGACAUCCUCCGAGCCAACUGGCACAGACUCCCACUCGGUUGUGAGUGUAAACGAUAGUGAAGAGCUUUCUAGUCCUGUGUCGGAGGAUGAGGAGGAGGAUGAGUCUGAUCAAGAUGAAGAAGAGGUGGAGGAGGAGGAGGAAGACUCUGGUAGUGAGGUGGAGAUCAUUGAGGAGGUCCAGGGUAAUGGGAGGCUUCCACCCCUCCAACCCAGUUCAGUCUUUGAACAGCAGGGACACACACACUUCCUGCCAAGUCUGUCAGAGCAGGAGGCUGCAGAGUUCUCCCAGAUUACACCCGGUGCAGAGAUGAAGAUUGUAGAGGAGGACAUGGAGGGUGAGGUGGUGAUGGUGAGACUCGGGGCAGAUGAAGAAGGGAUGGAGGCAAAUGAGGAGGAAGAGCAAGGAUCAUCAUACUCUACUACUAUAUUGGUACCCCUGCAGCUUGUGGAGGGGCAGGAUGGGCUGGUCGAUAGUUCUCAGCUGGGUCUCCCUGAACUUCAGCAAACUAUUUUGCCAGAUGAUCCAAGGUCUGAAACUCACAGCGGCUUUUCUCUGAUGCUCGAUAUAGACGAUGACAGGAAUGAAGAGGGAGACACACUUCCUAUGGAGAAUGAUCUGCAGUCCUCCAAUCCUCCCCCCCUGUCUCCAGCAGUGGAGGCCAUUGAAGAAUUUGUGGCCAAACCUGAGGUUAUUCUUUUGGGCACGGAUGAUCAGGAUUCUCCUCUGUCUGGAGAAGUGUCUGAAGAGGAACAGAGGAAAGAGAUGGACACCAUGGAUGGAAUUGAGGUAGAUGGAUCGACAGAGUCAGAACUUGCUAAACUUGCUGACAUACAAACUGAAAACACUGAGACAAACCAUGAGGCAGAAGAUGCUGAAGAACGGAGUGAUGCAAAGUAUGUAACAUUGGUUGAAGUCCAUGAACCUGAAGGUCUCUCAGUCUCUGGGCCAACUCCAGUGGGAGAAGUCCCAGCAGUAAUGUUGGCAGAAGAUCAAGAACCUGAAGGUCUAUCAACAUCUGGAACAAAUCCAGGGGGAGAAGUCCCAGAAGAAAUGUUGUCGGAAGAUCGUGAACCUGAAAGUCUAUCAACGUCUGGACCAGGUUCAAUGGAAGAAGUCCAAGCAGAAAUGUUGACUGACGAUCAGGAACCUGAAGGUCUAUCAACUUCUGGAGCAAGUCCAGGGGGAGAAGUCCCGGCAGAAAUGUUAGCUGACGAUAAGGAACCUGAAGGUCUAUCAACUUCUGGACCAAGUUCAGUGGGAGAAGUCCCAGCAGAAAUGUUGGCUGAUGAUCAAGAACCUGAAGGUCUAUCAACUUUUGGACCAAGUUCAGUGGGAGAAGUCCCAGCAGCAAUGUUGGCUGACGAUCAGGAACCUGAAGGUCUAUCAACUUCUGGACCAAGUUCAGUGGGAGAAGUCCCAGCAGAAAUGUUGGCUGACGAUGAGGAACCUGAAGGUCUAUCAACGUCUGGACCAAGUCCAGUGGGAGAAGUCCCAGCAGAAAUGUUGGCUGACGAUGAGGAACCUGAAGGUCUUUCGGUCUCUCGACCAAGUCCAGUGGGAGAAGUCCCAGCAGAAAUGUUGGCUGACGAUCAGGAACCUGAAAGUCUUUCGGUCUCUGGACCAACUCCAGUGGGAGAACUCCCUGCAGAAAUUUUGGCUGACGAUCCGGAACCUGAAGGUCUAUCAAACUCUGGACCAAGUGCAGUGGGAGAAGUACCAACAGAAAUGUUAGCUGACGAUCAGGAGCCUGAAGGUUUUUCGACCUCUGGACCCAGUUCUGUGGGAGAAGUCCCAUCAGAAAUGUUGGCUGACGAUCAGGAACCUGAAGGUCUAUCAACUUCUGGACUAACCCCAGUGGGAGAACUUCCUGCAGAAAUGUUGGCUUACGAUAAGGAACCUGAAGGUCUAUCAAACUCUGGACCAAGUCCAGUGGGAGAAGUCCCAACAGAAAUGUUGGCUGACGGUCAGGAGCCUGAAGGUUUUUCGGCCUCUGGACCAAGUUCAGUGGGAGAACUCCCUGCAGAAAUGUUGGCUGACGAUCAGGAACAUGAGAGUCUUUCGGUCACUGGACCAACUCCAGUGGGAGAACUCCCAGCCGUUGUGGAUGAGAAAGACGCUUCGUCAGAGAAACAUACAACUGCUGAGGAGGAGAAGAUGGGAAAGGAGGACAAAUGUGCUGUGGACCAGGAAGAGAAUGGGGAUGUUAAUAUGGACACGGAUGUCACAGAGACAGCAACUGUCAUGGAGGAGAAGCAGCAGGACCACAAAUCCUUAGCAGAGACAGGAGAGGAUAACGGGGAAGAAAUCAAGCUGGAGAAUGAAACAAGAAGAAGAACCAGGGGAAGACAGAGUAAAGAUAAUGGUAAAGAGGAAUUUGUGAAGCAGAUUAGCCAGACGGAGGAACAGCCCGUGCUAGAGACGCCUACUUCUCAGACGAAAAUGAAAGCACCUUCCACCCCAACACGGAGGACCACGAGAGGGAGGACAGUUACCUUUAUUUCUCCCCUCCUGGAAGAAGCAGAGGAGUUGGAGGAAGAGGUAGAAACAAGCACUUUCUUACCCGCCUCGCCACGUCGUACACCUAGAAAACGUAAACAGAACAAAGAGACUCAAGUCCAAGCUAGCACACCUCGAAGAAGUACUCGCAAUGCUCAGCUAGAGCCUCCUAAUUACAAGGUUGAUGAGUGGGACACUUUGGAUAUUGACACCACAUUUGCAUCAACCUCCAAGGCCUCGUCUCCAGCCAGACGGCUAGUAUCCCAGAGGGCCACUUCAACAAGGACCAGCAAAAGGACCCCGAGCGAAGAUGAUGAGGAACAACAGGCUGUUGUCAAAGAUACAAUAGUCUCUCGACGAACAAGCUCCAAGACUCCCACACCGGCCAAACGCAGGACCACCCAGGAAAACACUCCGAGGAGGUCCAGCAGAAAAACAUUGAGUAGCAUUGAGGUGGUGCUAACACCAUUCGAAACCUUGGAAGAUGAGAAGGAACAGGUGGAGGUCUUUGAUUCCCCUGUCAAACGCAACUCCAGGAAAGGUCAGACCGAAUCAUCCGAGACACAGCCAUCAAUGUUAGACGAGGAAGAACGCAAAACACCCAGCAGCCCCGGCAGGGCAACUCGACAGUCUAACCGGAUUACCCUAAAUGUUUAUCCACAAGUGAAACUGGUUCCAUUAUUAUUUCCUCAGAGUGCAAGGAAGAUAAGAGGGACUAUAACCGAAAAUGUUAAAGAAAGUGGAGUUCUACUUGAACCAGAACUUAACAGCAACAACUCCCAUCGACCAACUAGAAGCAAACUCUGGGACCACCCAGAGGAAGACCUUCCCCUGCUGGAUUCACCGUUGGAGGUGGAUUCUGAAACUCCUGUCGCAGAUGCCCUCAUCAAGAGACUUAAGGAUGAGGAUGAAAAAAAUGAAGCAGGAAUAGUUGUCACAAAGAUGGUAAGAACCAGCAAGAGGAGUACAAAGUCGUCGGUGGAAGAGGUUCACUCACUACUUCCUUUGAAAGACAGCCUGGUCCCUGAACCUGAAGAGUCUAGUCCAGGCGAGCAUUCUUUCAUCUACUCCCCCUCACGAAGAAAAACAAGAGCUAAAAGUGCAGAGUCUCCUGAACCGAGUGGAGAGUCUGCAGCUCCUGUCACUCGCAGCAGGAGAAGAGUUUUCAAAGACAUCUCUGUUGCUCCUCAUGAUGAAUUUGCUUCAGAAGAAGAUCUUGUGGAAGUGGAGAAAGCAGCAGGUGUUUCUAAGACCAGAAAAGCAGGCAAAAGAACAGCAAAAUCCAAAGCCGUUUUGGAGUCACCUCCCAUAACAGAGGUGGACCUGAUCUCACCUCUGCCAAGCCCAGCUGAACCGCUCCCACUAGCACUGAAGAGGAUUAUAGAGGGAGAGGCCCCGACCUCGAGCUUUAACCUUCGACGCAAACGCAUAAUGGAAACCGUUUUCACAAAACCUGUGACGCGGAGGAAGAAACUUUAAGGAGGUCGGUGGUGGUUUUAACCAGUGAACCUCAAGCAGCCAACAUACAAUUGGAACCAACUCGGUCAGGAGCUGUCAAAUAUAAGUGUAAGCCUAAACUCAUGAUGGUUCCAUAUCCUCAAAUGCCUCAGUGCUAUGGUUCUCUUUGUUUUUUUAAUUUUUAUUUACUUCCCUGCAGAACAAUAAACAAAAGCAACGUAGGUGGGAAAAUCUAUUUUUUAGAACAAAACACACCCAUGGAUAGCAGUGUGAGCGAAGGCAUAUAUUUUUGGAGUGUACACAUCCCGCUCGUACUAACUGGAUUUCACUUGAUAUCGUAUCUGUUGCCAUUUCGUGUUGGACAUUUUGCGACGCUUCUCAUAAUCCACUUAAUUCUCUGUGCACAGAACGGCACAAGGAAAAGCAAUCAAUGUGGGCUUUUAAAAGCUGCUGUUAAUCAAACCAGAGAGACUGAACUGAACCUCCCUCUAAUAAAGAGGUUUUAUUCCCAUUCUUUUUUUCUGGUUUAGUUUUUAGAUUUUGAGGCCUGUUUUCUAUUUCAGAAGAAAAGCAACCAACCGAGUUGAGACGGAAGAUUUUUACUGAUAAAUUUGUAUAUAGUCUUUUGCUAUGUUCCAAAUAAAGUUGAUUAAUAAAUCAUUAAGAAUAACAUUCUUUUUGAAAUUUUAAGUGUCUUGAAUGUGUUUGAUCAUCUAUUUAGACUGCCUGUGCCAUAGUCUUAAGAUUUCAGUCGAUUUGUGUGAUUUUCUGUGAGCGAGGCAGGCACAGACUAGUACACUAAUCAGAUUUAGAUUGUUUCUGUAUGUUAUGGGAAUGUUGUAUAGUGUGAAAAACAAAACGACUUGCACAGCAGUUUGGAGUUGUUGAAAUUGUUUUGGGACAUGUUAAUAGGCUUGAUAAUUAAAUUAAUGUCAACCACCAUCUGACACAUAGGCUAUUUUCUGAUGAAUGUAUGUAGAAUGUCUUAUUUUUGAUGACUGCUCUUUGAUAAAUAUGGUAACGCUUGAAUA